CCCACCGCCCUGUUUUGGGCGACGCGUCUAGCCAGCCCGAACUUCACAUGGUCAACACCACAACACCACUCAGCGAUACCUCAUUAUGCCCCCCAAAAGAAAGCGCUCCGGCGAUGGAGAUACCGGCAACUCGGACAAUGACUCUCGCAAACGCUACGCUUACUUGAAACCGAGCGUGCGCCGCAUCCCUGAGAAAACCAUCAAGACGAAAUGGACCACUCUGCCGGAGCCUUUACAGGAUAAGGUCCGGGACUUGUUCCAUUCGCUCGAGCGCCCAGUGAUAGUGCGCCAGCAGAAUGAAAGAAAGCGCAUCGAGGCGCAGAGUGCGCUUCGGGCCGUGGUGCACAAUCUCGGAAAACGCCUUCCUCGAAUGCCAUUCCCGCCCAUAACAAAGGACUCUAACUUUGACUACGAGUCUGCGCUCGCUGAACAUCGUGCUCUAGAGGCCAACUUCGCUACGAUCAAGGAUAGCUCGGAUCUCCUGAGAGCCGAAAUUGCCAAGGAGGAGGCGCUUCUUGCCGACGAGAAACUAUCACUACAAGAAAUGGAGAGAAAUGCCAAGCGAGCGGAGACCGAGAGGAAGAGGCAGAUGAAAAAUGAACAUCCUGUCCUGCGCCAGCUUGACGAGCUACCACAAAGCAAUCACCAAGUGGGCGCUGAAUUUACACUUCUAAAUGCUAAAAAGAGCCAAAUGACCUUAGACGAGCUGGACGAUGACCCAGAGAUUAAAGCCCUGAUGAAGCAACUGCAUGGCCAUCUCCAAUCGAUGCAAAGUAAUACCGCACCACUCGCCGGACUCAAGGAAGCAGUCACCCGGUCGCAGGCAGCAUUAGACUUGUACUCGACCCCGAACGACUGAAAAGUUUCGACAUAUGGUUCAAUAUGCAGAUUACAAGCCUUUAUUUUGGGCGACUGGCGUGACAGGAGCUCACAUACGCAACCCCCCGGAAGGCUGACUGGAUCCUACCGCGCCAUCCAGACGCAAGCAGGUCAUGGCCCGGCUUUGACCACCCGAUGAUUCCCAGGGAAUAUGUCCGUCGUGUGUCCCGAUCCCGAUCUUCCUGACUAGGCCACUGCCGGUCGACGGGCUCUUCGCGCAGUGGACCUCCAAAACGAUUGAUGUUCUUGUUGGGAACUGGAAAGUCUUAUGCCUGGAUCGCACUCCAGGAGGGUGCAUCAUGAUAUGGAUCUGAUCCUAGGGCCCCAGAGGCCGCAAUCCCUACAAUGAGAAAAAUCUCAAACAAUUGCUCAUACGUAAAGUGAGCUUGUAAUAUGACUAGUCUGUCUCAACCAUGGGGAUAACAAGAAGCCGAGAUCUUACCGGAAGGUCUACGAUAGCAGAGUCAAAUUGCAGGGAGCGGAUCACAGCAUUACACGCCAUACCAAGGAGCUGUUAUAUGAGGUGGAGCACGUAUCUAACACCCGAAUGUGAGAGACACGAGGAGGGUUAGUCGACAGGCGAUCAAAGCCAGUUUUAGCCUCGCCAUGUGGUCGGUUAGGCCGAGGAUGGUCAGAGGUAUGAGCUGGUACCACCAAAGCCUUUCCUUUUUUUAUUUGCCCGAGGGCCUGGACUUGAAUGGAUUUAGUUGCCCAAGGAGGCCAGACAUUAUCUCUGCAAGUAUUUUGUAGGAAGCCUGGAAAAGAGUCAAUCCUCUAUUGAACCUGGCCAUAUCUAGCAAAAUGGGACUUCUCUGUCAGACCCC